AUGGCCGCGGGCAUCUGUCUUCCAGUCCUCAAAUUCUCUCAUGCGACCAGUGCGCCCAACGAGUCCAACAUUCCAUGGGUGCACGUUGCUUCGGUUGACCUUUUUGUUACCGUGGACGGGGAUGGAGACGGCACAGAGCUGAAGAUGCAGAUUAUACAGCGCAACACGAUUCUGGACAGCGUGGAUAUUGGAGCAUUUGUGGAUGAGGCGAUUAGAAUGUGCAAUUAUAACGCGGACCAGCAAUCGCCUGUCCCUUACGACCAACUGCCCAUUUUCGGGAUGACGAAGGAUGUCUUGCUGGCCGUCAGAUACCGUCAGCGUGAUGGGACAAAUCGUCGACUCCAGCUACGGAUGCAUACGGUAGCCGACUGUCAGCGGAUCCUCACCAUCUUUCGAAGGCGAGGUCUGCAGUUUCAGGAGAAGCGCCCGAGUACAGGCAGACCUGACACCGCACGACUGUACACAAGCUCAUCCCAGCAUCGGCCCUCGACUGCGCACACUAACGCUGUCACGUCGAGUUCCACACAAAAAGCGCUUUCGAAGCCCUUCAACUUGACCACCCUGGAGGCUGGCAGUCUCUCCCAACAUCGAUCGACAAGCCCUGUGCGAAGCGAACAUCCAGUCACCACGACUAACGACUCAUCGUACCAGCCGUCGAGUAACCACACGCCGUCGGUUUACUUCACACGCGAUGAGCAUUUAAUACCCCGAACAGCUGAACCGGACAGGCCAUCUACCGCCCACUUCUAUCGAUCAGGUGCAGCCGUUCCACAGCCUGCACCAUCUCGAUCAAUUGAAAGGAAUGCGUACGGUUCCACGCCGAUUCCAGAUUCCAGCAAGCGAAUCUCUCCUGCUCGAGGGUCUGACACCAUACGCCCAUUUACGACUGCCAGUCGACGCUCGUUGUACGACAUUGACCUUGGGUCGUCUGGGCCCUCCGAAGGGCCGCCCAAUCGAGCACUGUUUUCUUCCGGCAACUCUGAGCUUCAUCCACAGAGUGCCAGACCAGCCUCGUCUACCAUAUCUCCCUUCCCGCCCACACUGGAGCAUGAGAUUCCUCCUCGGCGGGCCUUACCAUUCAAGCGGCCGCAAAGUCAUCGGAGUGGAAGUGACGGCCCAUCUUCCAGACCAGCUUCCGCCCUGCCAACGUUGCCUCCGCCGUCGCAACUGAAAGGAGCUAGCUCGCAGCCAGCGGAUGUUAUAAACAGAGCCAGCACAGGCUCCCCGUUGAAGAGACCUUUUGAGGCAUCCGUUACCGAGCACCCUCAGCAUGCAACAGGCCACACUGCGCCACAACGGAGACGGCCUUCGCCAAAGGUAGCACGGAAGGAGCAUCAGCACUGCACGGGAGACAACACUGCGCUCGGGAUCUUGGAUCAUCGCUCUGCCAAAGGCCAACCUCUGGCUGAAACAUCCGUCAACACCAGAAUAUCGCGCCUGGACAGUCUGGCGGAUGCUCCACACGAGGUCAUCUCUCCGCCACAGACUGCCGCAUCGUCACCACAGAAGCGUACUUCAGCGCUCGAUGAUUCAUCCACAGUAGGCCACUCUGCAGGCCGAAGUCUUGUACUUGCUUCCGGAACUGGCGACUCGGAUCUGUCACAGUACGCAGCCCAGAGUAGGGAAGAUCGUGCCGCUGCUCUGGAGGAGUUCAUGAUUUCAAACCUGGAGAACGGAUCCUUCACAAAGUUGUGCCAGGACAUUGAGAAUUGCUGGCAGCGCAUUGCGCUUGGGCUUUAA